AUGUCAGCCCUUCAAUUUCUUGAUCUUUCAAGUAACAACCUUUCUGGAAGCAUACCUUCAUCAUUGGGAAAUGUUUCUUCUCUCACAUAUAUACGUCUUGACACAAACAUGUUAUCGGGUUCAGUUCCAGAGACUCUGAGCCUUAUUCAGAACCUUAGUAUGCUCAGUUUAAGUAACAACUACCUAUCAGGGCACGUCUCCACCAAACUCUGUAACAUGCCGUCACUCAUUUAUCUUGGACUAGACCAAAAUAACCUUACUGGACGAGUACCAUCUUGCAUUGGAAACAUGUUACAGAACCUUGAAUUGCUGACCAUGUCGGGUAACAAAUUUGAGGGAUUAAUUCCAUCAUCACCAGCAAAUGCGUCGAACCUCCAAUAUAUUGAUCUUGGACACAACUUACUAAAGGGACGAAUCCCAUCUCUAGGAUCUCUAUGUAACUUAACCUUUCUAAAUUUAGGAAAUAACUUCCUACAAGCUGAAGAUUGGGAAUUCCUUGUCUCUUUGACAAACUGUGCGCAACUUAAAACAUUGGAUCUGGAUGGAAAUGCCCUGAAUGGAAAUAUCCAUAUAUCAGUUGGAAAUCUUUCUAGAAGUUUAGUGUGUUUAAUUCUUGGAAACAAUCAAAUUGUCGGCACAAUACCACUUGAGAUGUUUAACCUUCGAAGCCUCCAAAUGCUUGCUAUGGGCCAAAACUUGCUUUCCGAUGUUAUUCCCUCUCUUAUUGGGAAUCUAGGCCAUCUGAUUGUCCUAAACCUAUCAGGAAACAAAUUUUCUGGCCAGAUCCCAUCUACAAUAGGUAAUCUUUCUCGGCUGAACAAGCUUUAUCUACACAACAAUGAGUUGACUGGGAACAUCCCAGCAACUUUAGGAAAUUGCAAUCAACUGUAUAUGCUAGAAGUAUCUUUUAACAGCCUUAAAGGACCAAUACCAAGUGAACUCUUCAGUGGCACAACCCUGAUCAGUUUGGAUUUGUCAAACAACUACCUUACAGGAUCAAUACCACUACAAAUUGGUGGAUUGAUUCAACUUCUCCGACUCGAUAUUUCCUUUAACAAAUUGUCUGGUCAAGUUCCACUUUCAUUUGGCGAAUGCGUUGAACUAUCUUCUCUCAGAUUGAGAAGUAACAUGCUUAAUGGAAACAUACCUCGAUCAUUCAAUAACCUGAAGUCCAUCGAGCGGAUUGAUCUUUCCCAGAACUCCCUUGUUGGAAAAAUUCCAGAGUUCUUUGCAAACAUGGAUUAUUUGUAG